ACGGAGUGACGGAGUGACUCCACGCCGCUCACCCAGCGGCAGGAGCGGAGCGGCGGCAGACAGAGGAGGAAGAGACGGCCACACAAACACCGCCGUUCGCCGCUCACUGCCCGGCUGUCCGUGUCAAAAUGGCGACGAUUCAAACGCUGAGAGCUUUUGUUAACGAGCGACUGACUGCGGCUGUGGAAGACAUCUUCGGGCUGCUGGAAACAACCAUGUCAAACUACGAAGAAGAGAUUCACCGCCAGCGCGAGCUGCUGGAGCAUGUCGUCAUACCGGACAGCCACAGAAACAAAGCAGAUGUUGGGAAACUGAUUGUCAGAAAAGAAGAGCAGCAGGAGUGGAGGCCCAGAGUGGACCGGGAGGAGCCAGAGCCCCGACACGUUAAAGAGGAACAGGAGGAACUCUGGAGCGGUCAGGAAGGACAGCAGGGAGACAAUAUCAACAAGUCCCCAUUCCCUGCUGUCUCUGUGAAGAGUGAAGACAAGGAAGAGAAAGCUCAGUCCUCACAGCUUCAUCCGAGACGGGGCGAGGAGAGCGGCUCCGCUCAACAGAUGGAAACUGAAUCUUCGUACUGUUGUCAAUCUGAGACUGAGGACAGUAAUGAUGAUUGGAAGGAGACAAAAGAACAAGAGUCAGAUUCAGACACCCGGAAAAAACGAGAGCGCGGUGAAUCCCGAUCAGUCCCACGCCCACGGGAGACCAUUUAGUUGCACAGUUUGUGGCAAAAGAUUUGGCUGCAAAGGGAAUCUGCACGCCCACAUGCGAAGCCAUUCAGGGGAAAAGCCUUUCAGCUGCUCAGUCUGUAGCAAAGGCUUCAGCGCUAAAGUCAAUCUGAAGACUCACAUGAGAAGUCACACCGGGGAGAAACCCUUCAGCUGCUCCAUGUGCACCAAAAGCUUCAGUCAGAAGAAGACGCUGGUUAUACACUUGAGAAGUCACACAGGGGAGAAACCGUUUAGCUGCUCGCUCUGUGGGAAACGGUUCAGUGAGAAGGGGACGCUGAAGAGACACGUCAGAGUUCACACAGGAGAGAAACCAUACAGCUGCAGCGUGUGUGGAAGGAGUUUUAGUUUGCUGUCGCAUGUGAAAAGCCACAAGUGUGCUGGUGCGAGCAGUAACACGGGAUUUAUUAAAAACCAUGACUACAUGACAUUAAUACAUAAUUUAGAAACAAAUAACUAUUUACAUUUUAAACAAACCUGACUAAAUGAUGAUACUGUUGAAGUGUGGCCUGAU